GGGAAUGCGACAUUCAUAUUGAACGUGACACCUCAGCUUCACCAAGGUUUCUCUCUACUCCAGACCGCAAUCAGCCUCUCCGAAAACAGGUCUAUACCAAUGACCCUGCUGCUUAACCCUCUCCCCCUCAGCUGUCCCCUCGCGUUUCCCUUUCCACCGAUGGAUUCUACCUUAGAUUUGGACCUUGUUAACUCUCCCUACCACCUAUUUGUCGGAGGCAAGGAGUUAGCCAAUCUCCUACUGUCAUUUCGUCUGCAUCUGCUCGCUCGUCUCUUCCAUCAGAUUCGAGCGCAACCAUCAUGGUCAUCAAGUGCUGACAGAACCUUUCCGAGGCUCCUGGAGUGUCGCCUUCCCAUCUCGUUCUCAGUGCACGCCGAACAACUUCUUGACCGUGACACCGAUCAUGGAUUUUACCUGGUCAUCCUCUCACUCCACCCUCCUUAGCUUCAUGGAAACUGGAAAUCUAGAGAUUCGUACUAGUGGUUUCUAUUGAUGUUCUUUCGAAGUCAAAAUACAGUUUUUUGUAUACUAUCAUCUAUGUGCUUUUUAGCCUAACUUAUUUCCGCUCUCCAGUUGUUCCGGUUUUUCCCCUUCUGCUAGAAU